GCACAAAGAGUGCUUCGACGACACGCCGCCUUUUUCGUUUUUGCGUGCUGUUUCCAUCGAGGCUGCACCUCGUCAACAUCUGGGAUUCACAACCUGCACAGUAAAGUGUCUAAAUAUUGUUCACGCUUUCUAUGACGGGGUAUGUAAGAGAGCCUCACCACGCAGCGGCUGUGUCGGUGUCAUUUACGGUGAAGCAUUUCGCAGUUUGUUCAUAAGCAACGAAAAGCAUGUACGACUUCAACUGUUCGGUAUAGUAUGUCAUUCUUUGAUUUGCGUGUAAACUAAAGAUGUUGCCAGCGGUAAGUAAAAAAAGCGACAUGGUGGAGAGCGGCCGAUGGAUCUCACGUGUAGCACAGCCGUUGGCGCGAAGCCGCCCCUUCAGAUUCAUCGUGGUGACAGCAGUAGUGGUAGCCCUGAUCCACUGGUGCUUCGACAUGGAUGACCUGAAGGAGACAGUGAAGAUCGCUUCGCUUCGACUUCGUUGGCAUUCGGAGACCAUCAACUCUAGUGAACAAGGCACGGAAAUGCCCCCUAUCCGCAACGGUGUUCCCGAGGAUGUUAUGAAAGAUAGCAAGCGAGCAAAAGCGUCCGCAGAGAAUUCUUGUCCUUUAAUACCCCCGAAAUUAGUCGGAGACAUCCCCGUAAAGAUGGACGUACCCUCCCUUGAGGCUGUAGAGGAUGAAUUCCCGGAUGUAAUGCCAGGAGGCCGCUUCCAGCCAAAAGAGUGCACUUCAAGACACAGGGUCGCCAUACUCGUUCCCUACAGGAAUCGCACCGAGCACCUUAAGAUAUUCGCGUACAACAUUCACAAGGUCCUCUCUCGGCAACAGAUCGACUACGGCGUCUUCGUCAUUGAACAGGGUGACAGCGCUGGCUUUAACCGAGCGAAACUCUUCAACAUCGGCUACGUUGAAGCGACGGCCCUGUACGACUACCAGUGCUUCGUGUUCCACGACGUCGACAUGGUUCCUGUUGACGACAGAAAUGUGUACACCUGUCCGGAACAACCUCGACAUAUGUCCGUCAACGUCAACAACAAAUCCGCGGUUUACUACAAUUACUUUUUCGGCGGAGUAAGUGCAGUGACUAAGGAACAGAUGUUGCGCGUCAACGGGUACUCCAACAAGUACUGGGGAUGGGGAGCUGAAGACGACGACAUGUCUUACAGGCUGCAAAAAUAUGGCUACAAGAUUUUUAGGCGUCCACAGACAGUGGCGAGGUACGCUACCCUGGCCCACGUGAAAAGCAAGCCGAGCGAUCAAAGGAUGGGUCUCCUCAAAAACUGGGCCAGCCGCAUCACCACGGAUGGCCUAAACAGCCUCAAGUACAAACGCUUGGACAUGAAAUUUAACAAGCUCUACACGUGGAUACUGGCUGACCUACGAGAGCCAAAAUGACACGCAAGUGUGGCCGUGCCAAUCGACACAGAGUUGAGACCACGUCUUCGUGCAGAUGCGCAUGUAGAAAAGGCCACGCGCUUUAGUGUUAUUGUGCCAAAGACGCAUACUCGAUCGGCGUGUGCGACGCAACGUGUUUCACAAUAUUAUGGCAAUUUCGAGCAGGUUACAAAUAUUGAUAAACACACACAAACUUAUACUGUUCUUUGGACAACGUCUUCUUUAAAGUGAUGUGCUCGACGCAGUUCGCUCAAAGUGAUGUGCGCAGAGAGAUCGACGGUGUUUUGUGUGUGAAAACCAUUGGAAGGCUUCCCGAGCAUACACAAGAAAGCGUCAUGUUCUGGAACAUCAGCGGAUCACAAGCUCAAACUGUGUACGUUAUGUGAUGUGGUUUCCCAUUCUUUUGUUCACGAGCGGUAUUCGGAAAGAAUGUGUU